GUAAAAGUUGCAAUACUGCUGGUGAUCAAAAUGUUUCAAAAAUAUUGGAUCUAACGUUGUUAAAAUCAAUAAUGUGUAACUAAAUAACGGAGAUUGGAGUUAAAGGUAUCUACAGAUACUUCUGGAUGUAAAUCCAUUUCAGUAGAUUCACUAUUGGAACUCAUCCGUUUUGGUGGGGAUUCAAGUAAUGAUAAAUAAAUGAUAAAACUACUCCGAAAAAUCAUCGGUCUUUUUUCCAAUCAUGGAAACACAAGCAAUUAACAACACUUAAGCGAUCGCGUCUGUUGCGAUUUUCCAGGUAAUUAUACAUAUUAAUGAAUUGCAGUUACUUUAAUUGAUUGUUCCGUCAUCUCACGGAUAUAGAUAUAUUGCAUCCAUGAAGAGUUACAGCAUUCACCAAACUCCACCAGAUGUUGUACAACAAAACUCCUUUCUGAUGUAUUAUACAAACUAGCACUGAACGACUACUAAAAUGACAAGGAAGCAGACUCUAGUGCUUGUGAUGAUUGUGCUUACUAACUGCGACGCCCGUUUACAAGACAGCUACUCAAAGUUACAAUAUGGACACAGACUGGAUAGAAAAACAAUAACCUCUUUUGUGGAGUUCAGUAUUUUAGACUGUGCUGAGGAGUGUUUGAGAACAACACGAUGUAAAUCCGUGAGUUAUUACAAAGGAGCCAAUUUCUGUGAAAUAAACUAUGAGAACAAAUCUUCAGCCAGUGACAGGUUUGUAAAAAGUCCGGGGUGGAUCUACAGUGAAAAGGAAGAUUGGGAUAUAGGUAUGGUGUCUUUUUGUUCGGCAUCCAAUUGUUCCAUCAAUGAAAAAUGCAAACCCUUACCAAUGGCCAAGUUUGAAUGUGUUUUAUCAGAUUGCGGCAUUCCAUCCCAGGAGGGAGUGAAUCUGAGCAGCGUCGGCAGAUGGGAUGGAAUUGGGAUUCAAAGAUUCAUGACACUUGACUGUUAUCAAAAUUACAAUCAGUCUGGUUCACGGAUGUUUGUUUGUGCACCAAACGGACAGUGGAAAACAAAGCGAUUUAAUGUUAACUCUGGGUUGUCCCUUGCGUUUGUCAAACGACGUUAUGUGCUUGAUAAAGUCGUUUUCAGUUGCCCAGCAAACCUUGCAAAGCCUUUAUAUUCUGAUGUGAUACAAAAACCUGCAUGUGAUUGA